CAUUCUGCAUUUGAUUUUCUUUGUCUGAACCAAACAAGGAACCGAAACCUGGACUGUCAAAGUCAGAGGCUAAUACUAUCUUCAUAAGCAUCAUGACUAUGGCGCGAUUUGAAAAAUGGAAAUAGUGUCUGGUUUUGUAUCUUUCACUGUAUCCAAGGUUUUGCAGCUCUCCAGAAUUUCUCAACACAAGAAUGCACAAGCCACCAAAAAGAUGGAAGAGAAAGCACUAGAAGUUUAUGACGUGAUUCGUACUAUUCGGGACCCAGAGAAACCAAACACACUGGAAGAGCUGGAUGUGGUGUCUGAGAAAUGCGUUGAGGUCGAAGACCUAGGCGACGAGGAAUAUCUUAUCAUUAUCAGAUUCACCCCGACAGUACCCCACUGCUCAUUAGCAACGUUGAUUGGUCUUUGUUUACGAGUCAAACUCCAGAGAUGUUUGCCCUUUAAACACAAGUUGGAAAUUUACAUUUCUGAAGGAGCGCACUCUACAGAGGAAGAUAUUAAUAAACAGAUCAAUGACAAGGAGAGGGUGGCAGCGGCCAUGGAGAACCCAAACCUGCGGGAGAUUGUGGAACAGUGUGUCACUGAGCCCGAUGACUGAGUGGGACCACACCACGGCUGACUUGGACCAGAACCGCUGUGUUUGAGGGGCCCUGCGGAGAGCUCUCUUUCAGUUAGCAACGGGAGAGUGAGGCUUCAUGAACCUCGAGAUAUGUUACCCCGGAGCUGCUGAUUUGAACCAAUCAUAGUGGUUUAGCCUCACAUUCUCAUCUCUGCUUUCAGUAGUUGACCAUUCUGUUUUACACACAUAUGUGCGUCUUUAUGCAGAAACCUUGAAAUGACUGAAAUUUGAACAAAAAAUGUAAUUCCUCAAUCUUCAGUUUUCUUGCUGGAAAAUAAACCCUGGUUUGUAUAUUGUCAUAAAAUCA